AAGAAAAAACAGAAAUCAAGCUGACGGAGCGUUUCCAUUGGUUACAGGCUCCUGGUACCCAGGAAAGAGGAUGUAGCAUCUCCUGCGGUAGCUUAGCAAACAGGGCAAAUGUGAGGUAAGGGCGGCUGUUGCGCGGGUUAAUAUGGGACGGAUAAUGGCCAUAUGAACGAGAAGGUGAUGAUUCACCGGCAGGUGAUACUAACCCAGAACUUGUACCAGAACAGGUUUCUCGGGCUUGUAGCUAUGGCCUCUCCAUCUCGUGCAUCUCAGGGCAGGCGGCGAUGUAAGGACCCGAUUCGGCACAGUUUCAACCCUGAGCAGUUCCCCAAUGUGGACUUCCAGAACGGCAUACCGGAGGAUCUGGCGGCGGCCGUGCUGCGCUCCACCAGCGACACUGACCUCUUGACCUCUCACUGCCGCUCCACCCUCACCAUCAGCACCUCCAGCUACACCAUCGGCCAGACGCAGGGCAUCACCCUCAGCUGGGACAUCAAGGAGGAAGUGGACGCCGGUGAUUGGAUUGGCAUGUACCUCAUCGAUGAGGUUCUGUCAGAAAACUUUCUUGAUUACAAGAACAGAGGUGUGAACGGCUCCCACAAAGGUCAGAUCGUCUGGAAGAUCGAGGCCAGCUCCUACUUCGUAGAAGCGGAGACUAAGAUCUGUUUUAAAUAUUAUCAUGGAGUGAGUGGAGCCCUGCGGGCCACAACGCCAUGUGUGACCGUGAAGAACCCCUCCGCACCGGUGUUUAAGCCGGUGGCCACUGAUGACUUACCUCAGAGUCGAGGCAGCAGAAGACUCAUCAGCUUCUCUCUCUCAGAUUUCCAGGCCACUGGGCUGAAGAAAGGCAUGUUCUUUAACCCCGACCCCUACCUGAAGAUUGCCAUCCACCCCGGCAAGCACAGCAUCUUCCCUGCCCUGCCUCACCACGGCCAGGAGAAGAGAUCCGGCAUCGUCUGCAAUACCAUUAAUCCUGUUUGGCAGAGGGAGCGCUUCAAUUUUGUGUCUCUGCCCACCGAUGUGUUGGAGAUCGAGGUGAAAGACAAGUUCGCCAAAAGCCGACCCAUCAUAAAGCGUUUCUUGGGCAAGCUGUCCAUGCCAGUGCAAAGAUUACUGGAGAAACAUGCGAUUGGCGAUCGAGUGGUCAGUUACACUCUGGGCCGGAGGCUACCAACUGAACAUGUCAGUGGCCAGCUUCAGUUUAGGUUUGAGAUUACAUCUUCCAACCAUCCAGAUGAUGAGGACAUGUCUCUCAGUACAGAGCAACCAGUGGCGGCAGCAGAAGCUCAAGUUCAGCCUCAGGCAGAAGACACCAUGAGUUUGGACCAGGGGGCUCCAGAGUUGCCGUUAGAUGAAGAAACGGCUUCUGUAGAGAUGCCCAUGGACAUUGAAUCAGCCGAAGCAGAAGCUGUAGAGCAAGAGCCUUUAGAAGAAGAGCAGCAGACACAUCCGGAGCAGCCAGAGGAAGCAGCAGCAGCCGAGAGCCAAGAACAAAUAGAGCAAGAAGUGACCAAUGUUGAAGUGGAAGAGACACGCCAAGAAGAGGCAGAAAAUGAUAGUGCCUUUGCUGAAGGGCCUGCAGAGUCUUCAGGAGAUCCUGCAGGAGUCGAAGAGGAGGCCGUCUCAGAACAGCAACCGGUUUCGGAAGAACCAGAUGUGGAUCUAGAGGAAUGCUGCUCGCUGAGGAUCAGGACCACACCGAGAAGGAAGCCGCGGCCUUGUUCCCUACCCGUGUCUGAGCUGGAGACGGUCAUCGCUUCGGCCUGCGGCGAACCAGAGACGCCACGCUCCCAUUACAUCAGAAUCCACCACCUGCUGCACGGCCUCCCCUCCACCGCGGCUGGACCCGAACCCGUCCGGCCACAGGGCGUAGAAGAACAAGAGGAAGACGAGGAAGAGGGUGCGACCCUCGAGCCUCAUGCUUUAACACCCAACGGCCCUCGCAGGACACUGCCCCGCAGCCGCUCACACGAACGCCUCUCUGACCUCAUUCAGAUGCUCGACGGAGAUGGCCAGCCGCUCGGAGCUGAAGGACAAACCACAGGUCAAAGGUCACCAGGAGAAAGCGAAGGUGAUUUGAGUCCGGUGCCGUGCUGCAGUCACAUGGCGCAGAGGGCUUCAGGCCCUGUGCGGGCACCGUCUCUGGACAGCGCACGCCGGUCAGAGAGCACGGUCUUUUCCUCACAGGAUGAUGAGGAUGAGACGGACAGGGUGAACGGCAUUCUGGGAUUGGAGGCAGAGGCAAGACAGGGCGCUAAGAGCCGGGAGCCAGGGGACGGGAGCUGUCAGUGGGAGGAGGCACCAGAUAGUCACGUCCAGAGUCCGCACGGCAUUAUGGGUAACGGAGAAUCACCGGUAGCUGGACCAAGCAACAGAAGAGAAUGUCCUUUGCCUUGUAAUCAUCCUGCAGUGAGCCAGCUGCCCGCCCUGCGGCCCGACCCACAUCACUAUCCCACCAUAGACGAGCCGCUGCCUCCGAACUGGGAGGCCCGCAUUGACAGUCACGGUCGUGUGUUCUAUGUGGAUCACAUUAACCGGACCACCACUUGGCAACGACCGACGUCCGCAGCCACGCCGGAUGGCCUGCGCAGGUCAGGUUCCGUCCAACAGAUGGAGCAGCUCAACAGGAGGUACCAGACCAUCCAGAGGACGAUGGCCACAGAGAGGAGAGACGAGGAGUCGGGCAGCCCCCGCAACGAGAGAACAGCCAACACCGAGACCGACUCGCCUCCACAGACAGCCGAGUUGAGGAGAGACACUCCGUGUUCUCCGGGUCACUGUCAGAAGAUCACGUUACUGCUGCAGAGUCCAGCAGUCAAAUUCAUCACUCACCCAGAGUUCUUCACUGUGCUCCACGCAAAUUAUGGGGCGUAUCGUAUGUUCACAAACAGCUCGUGUCUGAAACACAUGGUCCUCAAGAUCAGGCGUGAUGCCCGAAACUUUGAGCGGUACCAGCACAACCGUGACCUGGUGACCUUUUUAAACCGGUUUGCUGAUGCUCAGCUGGAGCUGCCGCGGGGCUGGGAGAUCAAAACAGACCCGCAGGGGAAGUCGUUCUUCGUAGACCACAACAGCCGUGCCACAACCUUCAUUGAUCCCAGGAUCCCCUUGCAGAACGGCAGACUGCCGAACCACCUGACGCACCGCCAGCACCUGCAGAGAUUACGCAGCUACAGCGCAGGAGAGGCAUCGGAGGUGUCACGCACCCGAGGGGUGUCCUUGUUAGCCAGGCCUGGAAACAGCCUGGUAGCAUCCAUACGAAGCCAAGGCCAGCAGGAGCCAGUGCCAUUAGCAUACAAUGAUAAGAUUGUAGCGUUUUUACGGCAGCCAAACAUCUUUGAGGUGCUACAGGAACGACAGCCGAGCCUGGCGAGGAAUCACUCACUCAAGGAAAAGGUGUAUCACAUCCGAACCGAAGGCACACAGAGACUGGAGAAGCUGUCGUGUGAUGCUGACCUGGUCAUGCUGUUAAGUUUGUUUGAGGAGGACAUCAUGUCUUAUGUUCCUCUCACAUCAUUUCACCCUGGGUUCAGCUUCUCUCCACGCUGCUCUCCUGGUUCCUCUCCUCAAAACUCUCCAGGGACCCAGAGGGCUCGGGCUCCAGCGCCCUACCGCAGAGAUUUUGAAGCCAAACUGCGCAACUUCUACAGGAAGCUGGAGGCAAAGGGCUACGGGCAAGGACCCGGCAAGAUUAAAUUGAUCGUCAGAAGAGAUCAUCUGUUGGAAGGAACAUUUAACCAGGUCAUGGCCUACUCCCGUAAAGAGCUCCAGAGAAACAAGCUGUACAUCACCUUUGUUGGAGAGGAAGGACUGGACUACAGCGGUCCAUCGCGGGAGUUUUACUUCCUGCUAUCUCAGGAGCUGUUUAACCCUUACUACGGCCUGUUUGAAUACUCCGCUAACGACACAUACACUGUCCAGAUCAGCCCCAUGUCUGCUUUUGUGGAAAACCAUUUGGAAUGGUUUCGUUUCAGCGGUCGCAUUCUUGGCCUGGCUUUGAUUCAUCAGUAUUUGUUGGACGCUUUCUUCACCCGUCCUUUUUAUAAAGCUCUCCUCAGACUAGCCACGGAUCUCAGUGAUCUGGAGUACCUGGAUGAGGAGUUUCAUCAGAGCUUACAGUGGAUGAAGGAAAAUGAUAUCACAGAUGUGCUGGAUCUCACCUUCACAGUCAAUGAGGAAGUGUUCGGACAGGUGACUGAGCGGGAGCUGAAGUCCGGUGGGACAAAUUUGCAGGUGACAGAGAAGAAUAAGAAGGAGUAUAUCGAGCGGAUGGUGAAGUGGAGGGUGGAGCGCGGUGUCGUCCAGCAGACGCAGGCUCUGGUCCGGGGCUUUUACGAGGUGGUGGACUCCCGUCUGGUGUCUGUGUUUGAUGCCAGAGAGCUGGAGCUGGUCAUUGCAGGAACAGCAGAGAUUGAUUUAAACGACUGGAGAAACAACACCGAGUACAGAGGAGGUUAUCAUGAUGGGCAUAUUGUGAUCCGGUGGUUCUGGGGUGCGGUGGAGCGCUUCAAUAAUGAACAGAGACUGCGUCUGCUUCAGUUUGUGACGGGCACCUCCAGCGUGCCGUACGAGGGCUUCACCGCGCUGCGCGGGAGCAACGGCCUGCGCCGCUUCUGCAUCGAGAAAUGGGGCAAGAUCACAUCGCUCCCGAGGGCACACACAUGCUUUAACCGUCUGGAUCUUCCGCCGUAUCCAUCCUACACCAUGCUGUACGAGAAAAUGCUGAUUGCUGUGGAAGAGACCAGCACCUUUGGCCUUGAGUGAGGACUUGAAGCAUAAACCACCUUCCUCCCAGUAACCUUUCCAUGAACACCGUAUGUAAUUACCUACUAGCGUGGAUCGUGUCCUGUGUUCGUUUCUUUGGUUUGUUCAGGACACCACUGCAUGCAUCAGUCACCUACGCGGUUAGACAGUGUGUAACGGUAAUCGUGAAAGAGAAGCUUUCCACCUGCUUUAACACUCAGGGCCUCGACCUCCGCUGGAGUCGCUCUCAGUUCACACAUCAUUUCACCACAAACGUCACGGCCAGCAUCCUUUCUGUUGGUGCAUUCUCACAUUGACAGGAAUUGUAGAGUUAAAACCAAAUAUGCUCACAGAAAAUAUCUGAUCGAGGUGCCGUAAUUACUGUAAAUGUGUGCACUAGUUCACAUAAUCUCACAGAUCACGGCAUCAUCACAUGAAGUGACGUCACUUCGCAGGAGUCAGAGGGGGAAAUGGCUAGCCUGAGCCUUGUUUUGACACUUUUGAUUUAUUCCUUUGUACUAAUCAAUGCAUUUAAAUAUUAAAACCAUUAAAGCAUCAGACAUGUUUAAGGAUGUUUAAGGCUUCAUGCUGUCUCGUCUGUAAUGUUUGAAUGAAUUUCCAGUGUUGAUACAUGAUUGCUUUCAAUGAAAUGAUGGAACACAGGAGGUUUACUAAAAUGUCAAAAAAAAAAAAAAAAUCUCAACACUAGAAAUGAAAAACGAAAAAAAAGGUCAACACUAAAAGCGAAACACAACAAAUCCAAUCAGAAUAUAUUUAAUGUUAAUUAUACAGCUGUGUGCAGUGGGGUUUUAAACCACUGAGAUUGCACUGUGGGCGUCUAGCGGGACAAAACAUAAAAAAACAAAGAACUGAAAAUGUCUUGUUCGUUGCGUUUAGAUUAGACACCGUGUAAAGUGCAUUUAUGGUAACAGUGGUUUCUAGUGAUCUGAGUCAAAAGGAGCAACAACAACCAGUGAUGAUGCGAUGUGGACAUGUAUUUUAUGUACGGUAAAUGAAUAAUGCAAUGCACUGCCAGCGGAAAUGAAGACAUCUUGAAAGUAAAUUCUCAUAAUGAUCCUUUACACACUACUGCAGUCUAUAUAAACAGUUUCCCUGAGCAUAUUCAUUUUUAGUAUUACAAUGGAAUGAUACUUUGCUUUUGUUUAUUGUAUUUUUAUGUAUUUAUUUCCGUUUUCAAUAUCAGAUGAUGGGUGUUAAUGUCUGCGCUCCCAUUGGCAGUUGCUGCAUCAAAUUUAUUGCACAUUUGCAUAAAGUUACAAUGUUUGUCUAAGCUUUGUCGCAUCGCCAUCACUUUCUGUCACUUAAAAUUAACUUAAAAGUUGCUUAAAAUUUUCUGAUGCCAUAAUAUGCACUCGCUUUCCCUAAUGUAUAUGAAAUAUGUUCUUGUUUUUCUAUUUAUAUGAUGUCUUUUCAUGACUUAAAUUGGUGUGGGGAUUGAAAGAAAUGACAGACCAAAUAGUAAAAAUUGUGCAGCACACGUCAUGUUCUUCAGAGCGUGUCAGCUGUUUGUGUGUUUGAAGAGCAGUGAGUCAUUUAUUUAUUCAAAAAGGAAAUUGGUUUAAAUGUCAGGACCGGUUUCUUUGAAAUGUCAAGAGAUGUUCGUUCUGUGGUUGGCUUAUUGAAGACUAGAUUCGAUUACAGUGCAGAAAUUUUGAUUAUUGUUCAUGUUUACAUUUGAAGAUGAUGUGAAUGUGUGUAUUAUACAUUAAGAUGCUCAUAAAUUGUCUUAACAUGAUGCCAUUUAAAGGUGCAUGUGUUUCUAUCUAAUCCACACUCCAUGAAUCGGUCUUUUACCUAUGUCUCCUAAUAUUUUGUAAAUGGGAACGUUCACCCAAAAAUAAAGAAGCAUUGUCUGAAUAUGCAGAAGAAUGGGAAAGUCCUGCAGAUAAGUUAUUGUUUUCAUUUUUGGGUGAACUGUCCUUUUAAUGUGGUGAUGAAGAACAAGCAAUCACAUCUUUUGAUUGUGUCUGAAAUGUAAUUCUGCUAAAAACAAUUACAGCUCAAAAUGAACAACACUCAGCUUAAGAAAUUAGGAAUGUAGAAAGUGAAUUUGUAUUAUUUAUCCCAAUUAAGAAAUUAUAAAAUGUCUGUAUAUCACAUGUGUACAUACUUGCUUGAACAGUCUAUGUAAAAUCUAAAUGAAUCAUUUCAACAGCCAACAAUUCAUCUUUUUUUUUUUUUUUUAAAGAAACAUGUCUUCAUACUUACUAAUUGCAUAAUGUUAGUUUUCUCAAAUGUAUAUUACUAUGCAUAUUUGGUUGAAAUUGUAAGCAAUGCUUCUCUUUGGCGCUUGUGGAAGACGUUUCUUUAUUUGUCAAGAAAGACACUCGAAGCCAUUUGACAUUGAGAGAAAUGAGGAGAAGGUUCUGGAACAUACUGCCUCUCUAUAAACACGGCAUUCUGGGAAAUACAGAAAGAUGUGGCUCCUGCUUCCACCUCGGACACAUACACUAGCCUGCAUAUGUCUUUUUACACUUUAAUCUAUGUGAAUGGAAGAGAAUAAGCGGAAAAUGUACAAUGUUUUGAGUUGUGUAUUGAGGUCACUUAUAGCGCCUCUCUCAGGCUGAGCUCUGUAACUACAGCAUUACACUGUUAACGAAUGUCAAUAAACAAUCAUUUCUAAUGCA